GAUUUGCAUUUUAAUGAGGGAAAUAAGUAUUUGACCCCUCUGCAAAACAUGACUUAGUACUUGGUUGGAAAACCCUUGUUGGCAAUCACAGAGGUCAGACGUUUCUUGUAGGUGGCCACCAGCUUUGCACACAUCUCAGGAGGGAUUUUGUCCCACUCCUCUGCAGAUCUUCUUCAAGUCAUUAAGGUUUCGAGGCUGACGUUUGGCAACUCGAACCAUCAGCUCCCUCCACAGAUUUUCUAUGGGAUUAGGGUCUGGAGACUGGCUAGGCCACUCCUGGACCUUAAUGUGCUUCUUCUUGAGCCACUCCUUUGUUGCCUUGGCCGUGUGUUUUGGGUCAUUGUCAUGCUGGACCCAUUUUCAAUACCCUGGCUGAGGGAAGGAGGUUUUCACCCAAGAUUUGACGGUACAUGGCCCCGUCCAUCGUCCCUUUGAUGCGGUGAAGUUGUCCUGUCCCCUUAGCAGAAAAACACCCCCAAAGCAUAAUGUUUCCACCUCCAUGUUUGACGGUGGGGAUGGUUUCUUGGGGUCAUAGGCAGCAUUCCUCCUCCUCCAAACACGUCAAGUUGAGUUGAUGCCAAAGAACUCCAUUUUGGUCUCAUCUGACCACAACACGUUCACCCAGUUGUCCUCUGAAUCAUUCAGAUGUUCAUUGGCAAACUUCAGACGGGCAUGUAUAUGUACUUUCUUGAGCAGGGGGACCUUGCGGGCGCUGCAGGAUUUCAGUCCUUCACGGCGUAGUGUGUUACUAAUUUUUUUCUUGGUGACUAUGGUCCCAGCUGCCUUGAGAUCAUUGACAAGAUCCUCCUGUGUAGUUCUGGGCUGAUUCCUCACCGUUCUCAUGAUCAUUGCAACUCCACGAGGUGAGAUCUUGCAUGGAGCCCCAGGCUGAGGGAGAUUGACAGUUCUUUUGUGUUUCUUCCAUUUGCGAAUAAUCGCAGAAACUGUUGUCACCUUCUCACCAAGCUGCUUGGCAAUGGUCUUGUAGCCCAUUCCAGCCUUGUGUAGGUCUACAAUCUUGUCCCUGACAUCCUUGGAGAGCUCUUUGGUCUUGGCCAUGGUGGAGAGUUUGGAAUCUGAUUGAUUGAUUGCUUCUGUGGACAGGUAUCUUUUAUACAGGUAAGAAACUGAGAUUAGGAGCGCUCCCUUUAAGAGUGUGCUCCUAAUCUCAGCUCGUUGCCUGUAUAAAAGACACCUGGGAGCCAGAAAUCUUUCUGAUUGAGAAGGGGUCAAAUACUUAUUUCCCUCAUUAAAAUGCAAAUCAAUUUAUAACAUUUUUGACAUGCGUUUUUCUGGAUAUUUUUGUUGUUAUUCUGUCUCUCACUGUUCAAGUAAACCUACCAUUAAAAUUAUAGACUGAUCAUUUCUUUGUCAGUGGGAAAACGUACAAAAUCAGCAGAGGAUCAAAUACUUUUUUCCUUCACUGUAGGUAGCUAGAGUAAUGUCAACAAACCUGUUUACUAGAUCGAUUUUGUGUAAUUGCAUGAUACCACUUUUUUUUUUUUGUAUUUUGGUGACAACGUUAUCAUUAGCAUUGAAAUGGUCACUCACCUCCAGAAAAUCACUCAUCAACCCAAGUUGAUUUUGGCUAGCCCAAAAGAGAAAACUCCAGGGUUAGCUAAUAAUAGCUAGGUGGCAGUCAAGUCUCUAUCAAACAGAAGAUCACAGGAUGGAUACUAGUGGGAAACCCUCCAUAGCCCAAUUCCUGCUAUUAGCCACCAGCUCAGCACUUACUGCAGUCUUCUACUCUGUGUACAGGAGGACAACAACAGUAGCAAGAUUAAAAGGAGCCAAGAAAGUGUGUAUUGAUCAGGAUAUGAAGAACAUCCUGACAGAAGCACCAGGAACAUGUGUCCCGUACGCUGUUAUUGAAGGUGCUGUGAGAUCUGUGAAAGAAACCUUGAAAAGCCAGUUUGUGGACACCUGCAAAGGGGUCAUCGAGAGGUUAACUCUAAAGGAGAAGAAGAUGGUGUGGAAUCGCACCACUCAUCUCUGGAACGAGAGUGAAACGGUCAUACACCAGCGUACCAACACGGUGCCCUUUGACCUGGUGUCCCACGAUGAGGCUGUGGCAGCCACCAUCCGGGUCAUCCAUCCCCUGGACUCCUCGGAGCUGGACCUGCAGGUCACCUAUGAGAACUUUCACCCCACUGCCCAGUCCCUGACCAACGUCAUCGGCCACUUCAUCAGCGGCGAGCGCCCUAAAGGUGUGGUCCUGUGUGGCUCAGUUGGUAGAGCAUGAUCUUUGCAACACCAGGGUUGUGGGUUCAAUUCCCGCUGGGAAUUGUAAAUGGACUGAUCUAAUGUCACUGAAAAAAAGGAUUGUUUUAUUUUUCUGUUUUCUUUGCUUGUAUAAUGUUUAAUUGAAAGAUCAAGCUGACUUGUAGCUUGAUUUGAGUUAGUUAUAUCAGUUGAAAUGAAAACAUGUAAUAUCCAGGAUCCUUCUUAGUUGUAGAAUCAACUCAGAACUUGAAUGUUUUCACCUCAAUGUUUCUCCAAAGCACACAUCAAAGCCAUUUUGAAUAAAUAAAGACAAACAAAAUAAAUAUAUCCUCAACCUAUUUUACAAAUCUGUAGUCCCUAUACUAUCCACACACAUCUAUGUAAAUGUGUAUGGCUGCCAGGAGAGGGUGAUGUCUGCCUUGCAUACCUUUUCAACAGGGAUGAAAGGGUACAUCAUAUUUUAUGAUUUAUAUAAACCAUUGCAUUUGAUCUAAGCAGAAAGGGUACAGAAAUCAUGUACAAA